AAUUGAGUUAAUUGAUCCAAAACUGAAAUAAAAACAAAUUCUCUCAAACAGUUUUGAGCUAAAUUUCAGUGUAGUGCAGGUUAGCAGUUGGCCGCACACAGCGUCUCAGCGUUAGCUAGCUAAGCUAGCGUGACAUGAUGCAACAAAGGGUGCUAGCUGGCUCACUUGUCUUGGUUAAAUGUAGUUGGCCUGCCAUUAAAGUUUGUUUGUAAGUUGGCCCAAUGACAAGAAAGUUUAAAUAUCUAAAUUUAUAUUCACUGGAGCCCGACAAUAUUGGUUUGUUCAUUUAGUUUCUGCUAUUGACAUUAGCUUGUUUGCAGGUUCAGUCAGAUCAUCAGGCUAGCAUAGCAAACAUAAAUUAUAUGUCUGUCAGUCCUGCACCACAAUUGCUUGUAGGAUAGUUUAAGUGCUGCAAAGCCUUUAUGGACAAUUUCUCCUAAAAACAGCAAAGCACUAAAUGAAAAAAAUAAGCAUGAAAUUAUGGAAAGAUAGUAACUUACUUCCACUGUUGAGCUGAGCUGGCAGCACUUAUUGUAGAGUAAUGUUGGGGGUGUAUCACAGCAAAAUGCAUUAAAUCUAAUGCACAUAUGGUAGACAAUACAAUUGUAGCUUGCAUAAAACCGAUUUAGAUCUGAACUUGAAACACAAAAAGAACGAAUACAUGUGUGUUAAAAAAUGCACAUAACCCUUUUUUUUUUUAUUGUAAACCUGAAUGUUCUUGCUUCAGAUGUGUGCAGUUCACGUGGGACAACAUAAAAAAGGGAAGCCUGCGUGAUCAGGUGUGACCCCGGGUGCCCUGUCUUAUCUGGUAAAGUAGCGGAAUUAUUAGGCUAAUGUUUCAGCUCCACAUGGUUACACGGGUACCCUGCAGGCAGGAGCAUGGGAGGGACGAGAAGCGACGAGAAUGAGGUUGGAAGGAGGAGGAAAAAAAAAAAGGGAGAGCUCAGGCAGGGCUCCCCUUCAGGCAUCCGAACAAGUCUGGACUGUUCUGCUGCUGCUUGUGCUCAGCCUGACACUGAACCAAGCAGCCUCGGGAGCCACAAACUUCUGACAGGGUCCUGCAGGGAUGCACCGACAGGAGUUCACUUGUUGAGCUGCGGCUGCGGGUGAUCGUGGAAGUUUCGCGAUUUUGAAAGCUGUGACACUGGACUUCGGUGACAUCGGGGGGAGUUCUGCUGUGGGUCCGGACGCUUCACGGAGAGCCAGGGCUUCUGGAUAUGCCACAGGUGGAAAGGUGGGGAGCAGCAGCCUGUGGCCGGGUGCACGGAGCAGAGAUCCCCCGGUUGUGAAGAUGUGGAGCUGGGUUUUUACUGUGGCUGUCCUCCUGUCCUCCAUGAAACAGGCUGAAGCUCAGGGCAGGUGUAACAAUGUGCAAGCAGCAGAUAUUGUUUUUCUGGUCGACGGGUCCUCCAGUAUUGGCCGAGCUAACUUCCUGCAGGUGAAGGGCUUCAUGGCUGGAAUCAUCAAGCCGUUUGCCAGCUCUGUCAGCGAAUCAGGGAUACGGUUUGGUGCCAUACAGUACAGUGACACUUCCAGAGUUGAAUUUACAUUUCCUACCUACCUGAAUGGCACUGAGCUGGUCAACGCAGUACAGAAUCUCAACUAUAAGGGUGGAAACACACGCACUGGUGCUGGUCUCAAGUUUGUCGCCGAUAACUUCUUCAACCCUUCAUCUAGUCGGGAUGUCCCAAAGAUCACCAUCCUAAUCACAGACGGGAAGUCACAGGACAGUGUGCAGGACCCAGCACAGAAGCUGCGCAGUCAAGGAGUGCAUAUUUUUGCAGUUGGUGUAAAGAGUGCAGACAGAAAUGAAUUGGCUCAGAUAUCCUCACAGCCCAGCAGCGACUUCACCUCCUUCGUUGGGGACUUCAAACUGUUGAACACACUUCUUCCUCUUGUGAGCCCCCGAGUGUGUUCAAAGGCAGGAGGAGUUUAUGCGAGUGAUGAGGCAUUCUCUGGUCCGACCAACAUUCAGUUCACGGGCCAGACGUCUGAUUCGCUCAGGUUUCGCUGGAGUCAAGCAGGGGGCCCUGUGAGUGGUUACGUGGUCCAAUAUGUGCCACUCUCCGGCCUGGGUCAGCCUAUCACAGCAGAACUGCGUCAGGAAACUGUUUCUGCAAGUCAGAGGACCUUUACAGCACGAGAGUUGAGAUCAGGAACUGACUACCUGGUGACUGUCAUUGCCCAAUACCCCAACAGUGUGGGAGACUCUGUUUCUGCCAAGCAACGGACCAGGUCAUUGCCAGGGGUCUCCAGUCUACGUUUGAUCCAGGCAGGCUUCUUCUCUCUCUCUGUGGGCUGGGAUCAGCCUUCCUCUCCUGUCCAGGGUUACAAAAUCACUUACGGACCCCGAGGUCAGCCAGCUGCUCAGCUGUUGGAACAGUCUCUGUCCGCCGACUCCACGUCCGUCAGCCUGGAGUCUCUUCAGCCCGACACAGAGUAUGUCAUCAGCCUCUACCCCCUGUUCCCCCGAAACUCUGCGUCCCCAUCCAUCCUCAACGCAAGAACAUUGCGCCUUGAGGCGGUGCAGCAGUUAGCAGUGGAGACGGUGUCAGAGGGCAGCGUGCGUGUGCGGUGGAGAGGCGUCAGCGGUGCUCGGGCCUACCGUCUGGUGUGGGGACCAUUUACAGGUCGAAACGUUGAGACUGUGGAGGUUGCCGGUGACAGCGAGUUUCACACUUUGUCCAGCCUGCUGUCCGACACCGAGUACAUCGUCACUAUCAUCCCGCUGUAUGAGGGCAACACUGAGGGCCCUGUAGCAACAGCCAGGUUCAAAAUAGAGCGUCAGGAGCAGCAGGUCCUCAGAGCAGCUACCACAGGCCCCUCCUCUAUUCGCCUCACCUGGAGAAUCAUUCAGUCCUCUCGAGGAUACCGCCUGCAGUGGAGUGAGGGGGAAGGUGGCCGUGUCCAGAGCCUGUCCUUUCCCAGAAGCACUAGCAGCCACGAGCUUACUGGCCUUCAGCCCAACACAGAAUACAUCAUCACCCUGUUCACCCUGUACGACGGUCGUGAGGAGGCUACACCUGUCUCCACAGCAUCCAGAGAGGAACAGCCAGUGGGGAGUGUAUCCAACCUGAGAGUGGUGGAGUCUCUGGGCAGCACUGUCAGACUCGGCUGGACGGGUGUAGCCGGGGCUACGCAGUACCGCAUCAUAAUCCUGAACACAGAAGCGGGAACAGAGGAAAUCCGGAGUAUCCCUGGCAACCAGACGACCCUUGACCUCAGAGACCUGACAGUGGGAGUGUCUUAUGUUGUCACUGUCACAGCACUGGUGGGGACAAAUGAAGGAGACCCAGUUACUGUCUCCAUCAAACCAGAGCAAGGUGCUGGCAGAGUGACUAACCUCCGAGUGACAAACGCAAACAGUCGGAGGAUUCGAAUUGCAUGGACGGGUGUGAGUGGAGCAACAGGGUACAGGGUGACCUGGAGACAAGGCAGCAGUGCGGAACAGUCCCGUCUUCUCGGAGCCGAGGCCACAGCCUAUACCAUAGACAGCCUGCGACCAGAUGAGGCGCUGGUAAUUGGUGUUGCAGCUGUGGUUGAUCAGCGUGUUGGAGAGGUGGUCACGCUGUCUUCUCGUACAAAUCCCCACGGUGGAUCAGUGUCUGGCCUUCGCAUCGUUGACGUCACAUCUCAGAGGAUACGCAUUACGUGGUCGCCGUCCACCAGGGCAACUGGCUAUAAGAUCACUUGGCGUCGUGAUGAUGGAGUUGAAUCAACUCGUAACGUGCCUGCUGAAGUCUCUUCCUUCACCAUUGAUGGACUGCAGUCAGAUUCAGCUUACACUCUGUUAGUUUCCUCACUGACUGGCUCUCGAGAGGGAAGUCCUGCCACCCUGGUAAUCAGAACAGAGUCAGAUAGAACUGUGAUUGGGACUGUGACGUCACUGCAAGUCCAGGAGACCCGUGGAGAGGUUGUCCGAGUCACCUGGGUUGGUGUGCAGGGAGCAACGGCUUAUCGUGUGUCUUGGAGGAGAACAGAUGGCGGUGAGGAAAGGAGUCAGGUGGUCGGGGGAGAUGUGACAGCAGUGGAUUUAGACCAGUUGGACCCUGGAGCCCAGUACGAGGUGCAGGUCAUGGCUUUAGUUCAGAACAGAGAGGGAACCCCCGUGUCUGUCAGAGUCACUACACCUGGGGUCUUCACCCCAGCUCCGACAGUACUUGCCACAACUUUACAAGUGGCGGAGAUUACCCAGAGUUCUGUGCGGCUUGGCUGGAAUCCACUACCAGGUGCCACAGGAUAUAUUCUGCGCUGGAGAGACGAGACAGAUGUUGGUCGAGGCUUGUCUGUCACGCUCCCUGCUGCCUCCAGCUCUUACCAGGUGACUGGACUGCGUUUGGGCCGUCGAUAUCGCUUCACCGUGCAGCCCACCUUCACAAGUGGAGUUGGGAGAGAGAGCUCUGUAGAUGAACGCACUGUGUGUGUGGGCGGGCGUCUGGAUGUGGUGUUUUUGGUGCCGGCAUCUACCGAUCGAGUUAACCUCGCAAGACCUCUGCGUGAACUCCUUACAAGUGCAGCGGGGUCGCUCAAUACUAUCGGACCCCGAGACUCACAGGUGGGAGUUGUCGUGUACGGUUACAGACCCAAAAUAUGGUUCCUGCUCAACCGCCAUGGCCGGUCUGACACACUUCUCCAAGAGAUCCAGUCCACUCCCUUUGAUGAAAGCCCAGGAAAUAACAUCGGUGAGGCGGUGACAUUCACCACACAAUAUCUUCUGAGCCCUGCAGCUGGCCGAAGGCCGAGGGUCCCUGGUGCUGUUGUCAUCAUCGCUGACAAAAAAUCAGCUGACAACCUUACACUUGCAGCCAGCAGGCUCAGGGCUACAGGUGUGACAGUGUUAGCACUGGGUAUGGAGCAGGCAGAUACUGAGGAGCUGCGUCGUGUGGUGACGGAUGGCAGCAUUCAGAACAUCCUGUAUGCCCGUGAUGCAGCACAGUUGGACACUCUACAUACUGAUCUGGCAGACAUGCUCUGUGGUCUUGCCAGAAUACCAGAGGAUCCAGGUUCAGGUUGUACUAUAUGCCCACAGGGCGAGAAGGGUGAUCGUGGAGACAGGGGUGAGAGAGGCAGAGAUGGUGCAGACGGACGUAAGGGAGAGCCUGGUCGUGAUGGUCUGCCUGGGAGGGAGGGCCCCAGAGGGCCUGAAGGACGUCCGGGUCAGCCAGGCCAAAUAAUACCUAUUGACCCCACAGGGGGCGUGAAGGGAGAAAAAGGAGAGAGAGGUUUUCCUGGCAUUGAUGGAAGUCCAGGACUGCCAGGACGACCAGGUUCUCCAGGAAAUGCAGGGGUCCCGGGUUCACAGGGCCUACCUGGUAUCAGAGGAGACCCAGGUGAACCAGGUGUGGCAGGUCCACAAGGGCCAAAGGGAGGUAAAGGUGAAAGGGGUGAACCGGGCUCAUCUGGACCCGGAGGAGGGUUUCCUGGGAGGAAAGGAGAACCAGGCAUCCCUGGAAUACCAGGUACACCAGGUCGACCAGGCAGCGACGGGGCCAAAGGUGCCCCUGGAGUUCCGGGGACACCAGGUCAGGAUGGGCGCCCAGGUUUAGCAGGAACACCAGGACCCUCUAUCAAGGGAGAAAAGGGCAGCCCAGGAGAGAGGGGACCUCCAGGAGUCGGCAGCGGGGUGGCCGUGAAGGGCGAGAAGGGCUCCCCUGGAGCUCUGGGAACUCCAGGGGCCCAGGGUCCUAGAGGGCUGACAGGACCACAGGGUAGCAAAGGAGACAAGGGCGAAGGUGCUGAUGGGCCACCGGGACCUCCAGGCAGACAAGGAGAGCCUGGAGACAGGGGUCCCCGUGGGCCUCCAGGAGAAAUUGGUAGCAAGGGUGACCGCGGGCAGCCAGGUGAGCCUGGAUCACAGGGAGACAGGGGGGAGAGAGGACCAACUGGUGAAUCUGGGGAGAGAGGGGACCCAGGGAAGCCAGGCCUCGCAGGAACUCCGGGUUUGAGAGGUUUACCGGGGCCCAGUGGACCACCAGGAGAAAAGGGAAACGAAGGUGCGCGAGGGGAGCCCGGCAGAAGUGCUUCAGGUUUACCAGGGAAGAAAGGGGAUCAGGGGGAGCGAGGCCUGCCUGGUUCUGAGGGGUCGAAGGGAGAUAGAGGAGAGCAGGGACCGAGAGGAGAGAAAGGGUCUUCAGGGUCAGGAGGGUCAGCUGUCCCUGGUCCUAAAGGAGAGCCGGGAGAGAGGGGACUUUCCGGUAUCAGUGGAAGGCCAGGUGCCAAAGGAGACACAGGUGAACCAGGAGAGAGGGGGGAAAAUGGACGGCCAGGAAUCCCGGGAAAGCCUGGUCUGGCUGGGAAAGAGGGACCUAGUGGAGAGAAGGGUGAUGAGGGCACACCUGGGGAGUCUGGGCUUCCAGGGAAGCCAGGAGAAAGAGGACUGAGAGGACUGGCUGGUCAACCAGGACGACCAGGAGAGAAAGGAGACAUGGGAGACCCAGGAGAGUCUGGACGCAAUGGUAGCCCAGGACCUGCAGGGCUGAGAGGAGAAAAAGGAGAAGUGGGACCUCAAGGGCCUCCAGGACCACCAGGAAAAGUGGCUGACAUCCAGGGCCAGCUCAAAGGAGAUAAAGGAGAGCGGGGUGAAGAUGGCGACCCAGGAGAGCACGGCAGCAAAGGUCAGAAAGGCGAAGCAGGAGGUCCUGGAGCCCCAGGCCUGCGAGGUUCGGAGGGACAACGGGGGCCAGCAGGCACAAGAGGUGACUCAGGAGAGAGAGGAGCGCCUGGAGAGAAGGGAGAAAGGGGAGCAUCUGGGUUGGAUGGACGUCCGGGUGUGGAUGGUAAACCAGGUACUUCUGGACCACCUGGACAGAGGGGAGAUCCUGGGAAACAGGGGGAUCCUGGGAGAGAUGGUUUAUCAGGACUUAGAGGAGAGCAGGGCCCUCCAGGUCCUGUUGGGCCUCCAGGAACUCCAGGGACACCUGGUAAAGCAGGCGAGGAUGGCAAGCCUGGGGCUCCUGGCAAAAUGGGAGAGGAUGGUGUUCCAGGUGAAGAUGGGAGGAAGGGUGACAAAGGAGAAGCGGGAGCAGCUGGAAGAGAUGGCCGUGAUGGGCUGAAAGGAGACCGGGGCCCUACUGGGCCUGUAGGACCCACUGGCCUUCAGGGGCCUCCUGGACCAGCUGGCCCAGUUGGUCCUCCUGGACAGGUUGUGUAUGUAAAAGGAGCUCCAGCGGCAUCAAUCCCAGGCCCACAGGGGCCUCCAGGAACCCCGGGUGUACCUGGGACCCCGGGAGCUGCUGGAGCCAGAGGCGAGAGAGGUCCCGCUGGCCCUAGAGGUGAAGCUGGUGACCCUGGAGAGGACGGAGCGCCGGGCAAACCUGGGACAGCAGUGGAUGUCCAGAAGGCAUUGGCAAACCUUGGCAUUCAGGUGUCUGAUCUGAAGGUGGUUGUGGACAGGAAGGACGUACCAGUAAUCACUACGGUGCAGCAGGCAGAGAAAGGUGCAAAAGGAGACAGAGGUGAAUCUGGAGCAAGAGGACCGCCAGGUUUGGAUGGUGCUCGUGGUGUUCCAGGAGAGAGAGGAGCAAAAGGGGACCAAGGGGAUCGAGGACCCAUAGGAGCACCCGGGCCUCCUGGUAGAGCCAUUGGAGAGCGAGGGCCCGAGGGACCCCCAGGGCCUGCUGGAGAGCCAGGCAAGCCAGGAAUACCAGGGGUUCCCGGGCGAGCUGGGGAGCUAGGAGAGGUUGGCAGACCAGGAGAGAAGGGGGCGCAUGGAGAGAAAGGUGACAAAGGCGAAUCUGGUAAAACUGGGCUGACAGGGCCAGCAGGCCCACCAGGUCAAAAGGGAGCAUCUGCUGAUGCAGUUCUGGCUGGUACACCUGGAGUCCGAGGGCCUCCAGGAGUUACAGGACCGAAGGGAGAGCCGGGUGCUCCAGGACCAAUGGGGCCUAAAGGAGAUCGGGGUUUUGCGGGAUCUCGUGGUGAUAAAGGAGAAAGAGGAGAGUCUGGAGAAAGAGGACGUGAUGGCUCGCAGGGAAUACCAGGAGAACCAGGAAAACCUGGUCAGGAUGGGAAACCGGGCCUGCCUGGGUUCCCAGGAGUUCUAGGCAGACCGGGAAACCCAGGAGAGCCAGGCGUUAGGGGCCCAACUGGUCCCAUGGGUGGCAAUGGUCCCCCAGGUCCAGCAGGUGUGAAGGGUAAUCAAGGCGAGCCAGGUGUUGGUGUCAAGGGGCCUCCUGGUGCCCAGGGGAGCACAGGUCUACCGGGACCAGCAGGCCCUCCAGGAGCUGUAGGUCCACAGGGCCCCCCAGGACUGCCAGGGCAGGUGGGUGAAGCAGGUAAACCAGGAGUCCCUGGAAGAGAUGGGGUGCCCGGCAAAGAUGGAAUACCUGGAUUACCAGGGAAGCAGGGCAUUGCUGGACCACCAGGCCAGUCCGGUUUAAAGGGGGAGCAGGGAGACAGCGGCCCUCCAGGGAAGGCGGUGGCUGGUCCUCCUGGAGUCAAAGGAGAGAGGGGUCCUCCAGGCCAGACCCUGCCAGGCCUGGCUGGAGAGAGAGGUCUAACUGGAGAAAAGGGUAACAGGGGAGACAAAGGUGCUGCUGGCGCCAAAGGAGAGAGGGGAGAGGCUGGUGAAUCAGGAGAGCCUGGAGAAGAUGGGGCAGCAGGAUCUCCUGGUCCAAAAGGUGAUAAGGGAGAGAAGGGAAUCGGACUGUCAGGUCCUCCUGGUCGGGUCGGGCCUCCAGGUUUAAAGGGAGAUCCCGGUCUUCCUGGUUCACCUGGUCCUCCAGGGCCACUGGGGAAGUCAGGCGAUCCUGGGCCUCCUGGUGUGAGAGGAGAAACCGGACAAAAUGGACCUCCUGGACCACAAGGGGAGAGGGGUCCUCCAGGCUUUGCAGGCCGUCCAGGAAAUGUUGGACCCCCAGGCCCUGCUGGACCUCCUGGGCUGGCAGGCUCACCUGGUACCAAUGGGGUCAAAGGAGACAAGGGGGAAGUUGGCGUCGGAGUCCCCGGUCCAAGAGGAGAGAGAGGAGAUUCGGGGCCCAGAGGAGAGGAGGGUCGUCCUGGCUUGGAUGGGGAGAGAGGAUCAACGGGUCCCCCAGGUAUCCGAGGUAUUCGGGGAGAGAAGGGAGACAUUGGGCUUCAAGGUGACAAAGGAGAGAAGGGGGACACUGUGCUGGUGGGAGGACCUGCUGGAGAAAAGGGCAACAAAGGAGAAACAGGUGACAGGGGACCCAAAGGUGUGCAGGGAGAAAAAGGGGUGAAGGGUCAAGAAGGGCCACCAGGAGAGCAGGGUCUCAGGGGAGAGCCGGGAGAACGAGGGUCCACCGGAUUCCCAGGUGCUCGUGGCCCCGGUGGACAGAAGGGAGAAGCUGGCCAACCUGGAGUGCCUGGCGAAUCGGGUUUACCAGGAAAAGAUGGACUGCUUGGGCGCAAAGGGGACAAGGGAGAGAUUGGCAUCAUAGGAAUGAGAGGAAUCAAGGGUGACCGCGGAUCCAAGGGAACUUGUGGAAGCGAUGGACCCAAAGGAGACAAGGGGGAUGCAGGUAUUCAUGGACGAUCCGGCCUACCAGGAAGAAAAGGUGAACAGGGAGAAAUCGGACCCUCUGGAGCCCCAGGGACCCCCGGAAAAGAGGGAUUAGUCGGCCCCAAGGGAGACCGUGGUUUCGAUGGCCUCGCAGGACCUAAAGGGGCACAGGGAGAGAAAGGUGAAAGGGGUCCACCAGGGGUACCUGGUCCUCCCGGUCCCAGAGGAAAUGAUGGGAACCCAGGCAUCACUGGCCCUCAGGGACCAGCAGGUGCUAAAGGCCCAGAGGGGCUCCAAGGACAGAAGGGAGAGAGAGGUCCAAUUGGUCCCGCCACAGUAGGUCCGCGCGGUAUCCCAGGGAUCCCAGGGGAGCGAGGAGAGCCGGGAGAGUUGGGCCCAGAUGGAGCCAAGGGAGACAGAGGAGAGCCAGGCAUGACGGAGGAUGAAGUCAGAUCGUACGUUCGCUCUGAAAUGAGUCAGCACUGUGCGUGUGGAGGAUCAGGCCCAGACACUCGGUCCCUGCCCCCGGUCAGGGCUCGGCCCACACCAGAGCAACAACUGGCCCUGAUGGGUGAGGAGGGCCGCGAGUUGCGUGUGGUGGUGAACACGAACGACCCCGACUACGAGCACAUCUACUCCAUUGAGUCCUAUGAUGACCCCGGGGAUGAGCUGCUCUACUUCCCUCCCUCUGCCAACCAGAGUGAUGGUGAGGCUGUCAAAGAUGAAACUGACAAAACGGUCAAAGUUGAACCAAACAAAUCAGCCAGUGCUGGCGUUAGGAAAACAAAAGCAGCAGUUGCUGGUCAGAAAGCAUUCAAAGUUACACCUGUGAAAGCAGUCCAGUCCAGAUCAGUCAGGUCCAAGAGGAGAGUCACGGGGGAAGCUCCAGCUGACCAGUGCCUGCUGCCCAUGGAGGAGGGGAGCUGUGGCCGAUACAGUCUGCGCUGGUACUUUAACAGUCAGGUUCAGGCCUGCAGGCCGUUCGUCUACAGUGGCUGUGAAGGGAACGACAACCGCUUUGUUGAGCUGGAGGACUGUGAGGAGGCCUGCUUAGGGGGGGCCACAGGUCCUCGUCCCCCGCAGACAGCGCGAUGAUUGUGGCCCACCCCUCGUUGGCCACAGGAAUGUUAGCCUUUAUGUUGCUUUUAUAAAUCAUUAUUUUGUCAGA